UGCGAGCAGGCGGGUCGAUGCGCGGCGGCAGCAAGCAGAGGCAACAGACCCAGAGCCAGAGGCAGAGCUAAUCUGUUGGCUUUUCUUCGCGAUUCCCGAUUCCCCCAAGAGCUAAGCCGGAGCUGGCUUAGCGCGAGCGAAUUUGGUGCAUCUUGGCGGCACUGGAAGCAUGUUUCAGUUGGCACUUGUCAGCGGACGGACAAACCAUUUAGGAAUACAGCAAUAGCCACUAUACUGUAAAUAGCAUCCAUCAGCAUCUACUGCAGGCACAGCAUCCACAACAUCAACAACUUCCACAGCAUCCACAACAUCCACAGCAUCCACGUGAAAGGUCAGUGACGGCAUCUUAAGAACGGUUCUUUGCUGAGAGAAAGCUCAAAAUCCGUGAUCCACAUCUACCAGUAAAUGUUCAUCAUGAUCCAGUUGAAGAAACUACAGUUCCACUCCAGUCACGCAGCAUUGAUAAUCAUGCUGGCGGCGGUGGUGGGCGUGGGUCAGGCGGGCUCCCAGAACACUCCCCAACAGCAGGUGUGUCCGGAGCAGGGCGACAUCUCGCCUUGCAUCUGCACGGUGAAAAAGAACGGCCUGGACAUACUCUGUGAGACAACGGACUUGGCGCACAUCACCAAAUCCAUGGGCACCCUCAAGGGCAAAAGCCCCAUUAUUUUCUACCUAAAGCUUCGCCACAACAACUUGCCCAAGCUGCAGGGAUUCGUUUUCCUUGCCCUGGACAUUCGCCACCUGACCAUACACAACAGCAGCCUGGCGGCCAUCGAGGAGAACGCUCUCAGCUCGUUGGGCACUGGACUCACACAGCUGGAUGUGUCGCUGAACCAAAUGAAAACCGUGCCAUCCCAGGCGCUGCACAACUUGUACCACCUGUUGAUCUUGAACCUGAACCACAACAAAAUCACCGUGAUUCACAACAACGCCUUCGACGGACUAGGGACAUUGGAGAUCCUGACGCUCUACGAGAACAAGAUCACCCAGAUAGACCCGGAGGCGUUCCGCGGACUGGAAGGAAAAUUGAAGCGUCUGAAUCUGGGGGGUAACGAUUUGAGCACAGUUCCGCAAAAGUCCCUGUCCAUAUUGGACACCCUGAAGAAGCUGGAAAUACAGGAGAACAAGAUCCGCACCAUCAGUGAGGGUGACUUUGAGGGGUUGGUAAACCUUGACUCCUUGAUUCUGGCCCACAACAUGAUCACAACAGUGCCGGCGAAUGUCUUCAUCCACCUCACCCAGCUAAACUCCUUGGAAUUGGAGGGCAACAAGAUCAGUGUUAUCGAUAAGGAUGCGUUCAAGGGCUUAGAGGAGAACCUGCAAUAUCUGCGCCUGGGAGACAACCAGAUCCAUUCCAUUCCCAGCGAGGCACUGCGACCACUGCACCGUCUUCGCCAUUUGGAUUUGCGCAACAACAACAUUAACGUCCUGGCCGAUGACGCCUUCACCGGAUUCGGAGACUCGCUCACGUUCCUCAACCUGCAAAAGAAUGACAUCAAGGUGCUGCCGAGUGUGCUGUUCGAGAACCUCAACUCACUGGAGACGCUGAAUCUGCAGAACAACAAGCUGCAACGCAUUCCGCAGGACAUCAUGGAACCGGUCAUUGACACUCUACGCAUCAUCGAUAUCAAUGAUAAUCCGCUGAACUGCUCCUGCGAAUUGACCUGGUUCCCAAAGCUGCUCGAGGACCUGAAGAAUAAGGAUGACGAAAUGUCGCAGAAGAAGAAGCCGCUGUGCCACAUGUCGCUGGACAACCGCGAGUACUUCGUGCAGGCCAUGCCCACCGAAAAGAUGCACUGCGCCGGCCUCAAUGUGAGUCCCUCACCCACGAGCGGCGGUCUGAUGCGGAUACUGCAAGUGAACAUUCUGGCCCACAUUGCCAUGUGUAGCGUGGCGUUUCUGAUUAGCGUUUAAUCGCUUUCGAUCUGAUCCGAUCUGAAGCCUGUCGGUCCCCAGUCUAGUUAGGUCCGGAGACCACUUUUCCAUGUGGGUCAGUUUCAUAUCCAGAUUCAGAUUCAGAUUCUAGCACAGUGAUAGUGAUGUUGAUGUUGAUGUUGAUGGGCAGUCCUCCUAUUGCGGGCUCCCCAUUCAACUCAAUUUAAUUCUAUUCAAAUCGAUUCGAUCCAAUUCGAUUCUGAACUAGAAAAUCCCACGAAAGUACAUGACCCAUAGAUACCUUUUGUAUGCCUGCAAACCAUUUCUGUGUUGUUGUAUUGUAUAUUUUCUUAUAGAUUAUAGUGAAUCCGUGAAUUAUGCAACUCUGCCAAUUAUUAGACCCAAAAAGCACGCUUUUCGAACCGAACCGAACCGAAACGAACCGUAGCGUUCGCUCCAACAGCAGCCUACCACCAACACCACCCACCUGCAGCAAAACGUCACCAGAUCAGAUCAGGCAAUCCAGAGCGACAUGUCCGUGUCUGUUCCUCUCACCUUCACCCUGUUGAAUUGAUGCACCCAACAGACAGACAAGACACCAAAGUCCACAACAAAGUUGCAACACCACCAACAUCUACGACACCACCAGACACUUGCACAGUAGCUCGACAGCGACAGGGACAGCGACAGCGCCUUUCCAGCUCGCUCUCCUGGAAGCACACACACCCCGAGAGGAGGGAGUUACAUAGAUGGUAGCAUCUCUUACAUAUCGAUACGGAUAGAGCUUAGACCUAAGACCUUGAUGUAAUAGACGGAACUCAAACAUAUCAGAAUUUUGAAGCAGAAGCGACAAGUGUUACGUUUAAGAAGGGACGCGAAAUUAUUGUUACGAUUACAUUUGAGCAUUACAUGUUACAUCUUUCGUAUUGUGUACAUACUUACAAGUACAUAUAUAUACAUACAUAUAUAUAUUUAUUAUGCGUAGUUUAUCGUCGUUUUGUCGUCGGUGUUGUGAGAUACAAUCAUUAUAAGCAAGUUUUCUUCGUUUCCUGACCUGUUCCCGUCCUGCCCUCCAACUGCACCCGCCCCCAAAGCAGCUUACAAGCAAUCUAACCUAGUCGAAAUUGUCAAAUCCAUAAAGAUAUCGAUACACAUAUGCGUGUAUAGCUAAUUAACAAUUUAUGAAACCCAAUGCGGUUACCCACUUUGGGCAGGCAAAUACAUUUGCACAUGGCAAGGCGAUCGGCGAUCAGGAAUAGAUACAAGAAAAACAAAACAAAAAGAAAUCAUUUGCAUCAAUCACCAAGAACUGAUUAUGGAAUAAGUAGUUUGUACUCUUUAUUUGCCAGAAAACAUGGGGCAAGUACUGCAAAUUGUAACUGCAGUCGACACUCAUCCAACUUCCAACUUCCAAUUACCAAUUACCCAUUCCCUUCCCUAUCCAUUCCCUAUGUUCCCCACAGGAUCCCCAUAUAAAUACAUAUCGUUAUAUUGUUAUUAUCGUGACAUAUCAAGAGCUCCUAGUGCACCCACUGGAUGACUCGCACACACCUAAAAUAUAGGCAUUUUAUAGAAUUUACUUACAUUUUUAAAUCAUGUGACAAGUUGAUAUUUAUGCGCAGAGCAGAGCAGAGCAGAGGAAACUCAACCUCAACACAGAGAAUAUUAGCAAGGUGUAUGCAAAGUGGAAUUUUAGAAAUGUUUUUAUACACAUAUUUACUUUUAUAUACACAUACAGACAUGCAUAUAUGAAUUCUGUCUAUUCAAACUAAGUUGUAAACUCCAUUAGCAAUUAACAUUGACAUUAACACUGACACUGACACUUGACGGGCUUCCGCCGGGUUGGCCAGCAGUCGGACCCAUUUCCACGCCACAUCGGCCAGUCCGAGGCUUCGGUCAGUAGCCACUCUCUGGUGCGAUGGUGGCCAAGUGGCACUCCAGCGGCUCGCCAACCCGACAGCCCAGCCAAAAGAGAAACAAACUCUGACGAAACGAACAUGAAAUAUUUUCAAGAGAAUGCGCUAUACCACCAAAUCGGGUCAGUAUUUUGGCAGCAGCUGUUCUCUUCGAAAUAUUGUAGAACCGCAGCAGAAAUUGGGGAACAAACGAUGAUUUCCACUAGAGGAGGAGCUAUGUCUACUCAGCCGAAAUAAUAAAGAAUCCAUGAUGGUUACAAAUACA